AUGGCAUCAAGAAUAGCAGGUUCUGGUGUUAAUGGACUAGGUCCAAACCAGGAUGAAAUUUCAAUCAGGGCACAUGGAAUGCUUGCACUUAACAAUCUUCAUUCUGCCAUUGUGCAACCUGAUGUUGCAGCAAAUAGUUUUGAGUUUAGACUAGUGAUGUUUGACAUGCUGCAAACUAUUGGCCAGUUCAAUGGGUUGUCAAGUGAAGACCUGCAUCUACACUUGAAGAACUUCAUGGACGUGGCAAACAGAUUUAAGAUGCAAGGAGUUACAUCUGAUGCACUAAGACUGAAGUUGUUUCCUUAUUCUCUCUUCAAUGGAGCUAAGACAUGGCUUAACACUCUACCACCUAAUUCAAUCAGAAGAUGGGAGGACCUUGUUGAAAAUUUUUUGAUCAAAUUCUUUCCUCCCACCAAGGCAGCUCAAUUGAGGAAUGAUAUAGUAAUGUUCCAGCAAUUUGAUGGAGAAUCAUUAUAUGAAAGCUGGGACAGAUUCAAGGAAUUGCUAUGGAGAUGCCCCAAUCAUGGCAUACCUGAAUUGAUCCAGAUGGAAACUUUCUACUAUAGGUUGAAUGGAAAAACUAAAGAUAUAGUAGAUGCAUCAUCUGGAGGAGCUCUCUUGGACAAGACUUACACUAAAGCAUAUGAGAUCCUAGAGAGGAUGGCUUACAACAAUUACCAAUGGCCAACAGAGAGGUCAAUUGCACAGAAUGAAGCUGCAGGAUUGCUGGAGCUCGAUGCUAUAUCUUCAUUAGCAGCACAUAUAUCCUCUCUGAAUAAGUCAAUAGAGACUCUCAAUCUUACUGCUGAUGCUAGAGCACAACAAGCACAUUCAAUUUAUAAUGCUAUUCGUGGAAUCAUCCAAAUUGUUCCUAUUUUGAAGGGGCAACAACAAGGGUCAGUGUAUGCUACAGCACUGCACGAUCACAGACCACCAUUCCAGCAGCAACAACAACAACAGCAUUACCAGCAGCCUGGACAGCAAGCUGACAACUCUGAUGCGAUGGAGAGUAUGCUGAAGGACUUUAUGGCAAGAAGUGAUGCUCUUAUCCAAGACCAAACUGGAUCAAUCAAGAACUUGGAGACUCAAAUGGGUCAGUUGGUGGAAGUUGUGAGAGAUAUAUCAUAUGAAACAUUGCCCAACAAUAUUGAAGAUCCAAGAAGCAUUGGAUAUGAGCAAAUCAAAGCUGUAGCAUUAAAGAAUGAGAAGGCAGUAGAUAGACCAGAGGCCAUAGAGAACUACCACAAUCUGAAGGAGGAAGCUGAAAUUCAGAAGGAAUGA